GGGGUAGUGAUAGUCAUGGGACCCUGUUUGCUCGUCCUCGACCAUGUGAGUCGUAUGAAAGGCAGAGAGGAAGAAGAAGAGCAAGUAAGGAGAGGGGAAAAGAUGGAGGUCCUGACCCAGUGGGUGAGGGAGGCCAGGAAGUGGCUGACAAGGUGUUGCUCUGGUGAGGAAGAGGAACACAAGGAGGAGAACGAGGACAAUGUUGAACUGAAGGAGGACGAGGGACGAAUGGAAAUUGAGGCUCAUCACAUCAGUUCAGCGUCACUCCCUCCUGUUGAGUUGGAUCAGGACAAAACUGGACCGCGAACCCACUGGUUCCACACGCUGCAGGUCAGACGCCUCCGGGUUCACAGGGGACGCAGCAACAGUGACCCCCUGAGAGGGGAUGGCGAGGAGGACGGCUUCACAUGGAAACCGGGCCUGCAGUUCGGAGCAGCUCAGUCCUACCUCAGUCUGGAGAAACUCGGAGAAGGAGCGUUUUCCUCUGUGUACAAAGGCAUCAGCAGGAUCAACGGGAAGCUGGUGGCACUGAAGGUGAUCCGCAUGAAGACAGAGGAGGGCGUCCCGUUCACCGCCAUCAGGGAAGCAUCUCUGCUCAAAGGUUUGAAACACGCCAACAUCGUCAUCCUUCAUGACAUCAUUCACACCAGAGACUCUCUGACGUUGGUCUUUGAAUACGUGCAGACAGAUUUGGCCCAGUACAUGAUCCAGCAUCCUGGAGGUCUGCACUCCCACAACAUCAGGAUCUUCAUGUUCCAGCUGCUGCGAGGUCUCUGCUACAUCCACAGCCAGAGGAUCCUCCACAGAGACCUGAAGCCUCAGAACCUGCUGAUCAGUUACCUGGGAGAACUCAAGCUGGCUGACUUUGGUCUGGCCAGGUCCAAGUCCAUCCCCUGCCAGACUUUCUCCAGUGACGUGGUGACGCUGUGGUCGCCCCCCGACGUCCUGCUGGGAUCGACAGACUACUCCACAGCCCUGGACAUGUGGGGAGCCGGUUGCAUCUUCAUAGAGAUGCUGCAGGGGGCGCCAGCGUUUCCCGGAGACUCUGAUGUGUUCGGACAACUGCAGAAAAUCUGGAUGGUUCUGGGUGUUCCCUCUGAGGACUCCUGGCCUGGAGUUAGUCUGCUGCGUAACUAUAGACCUGAAUGUUUUGUCCACUCUGAACCCAAGCAGCUCAGGACAGUGUGGAUGAGGUUGCACCAGCUGCCGUAUAAGACUGAGGACCUGGUUCAAAGGAUGCUGAAAGCGGUUCCCAGCGCCCGGAUCUCCGCCGAAGACGCUCUGCAGCAGGCGUACUUCAGCACGCUGCCGCCCGCCAUCAUGCACCUCAGAGACACUGUGUCAGUCUUCAAGGUCCCUGGUGUUCAUCUGGAGACAGAGACGAGGGACAUUCUGAACCCCAAAAGGAAAGUCCGACCCUCCCUGCUGCCAGCACUUAAAUGGCAGUGAUUACUCAAGCUAACGUAUAAAUUAUUAUUAUUAUUAUUAUUAUUAUUUUUUUUUUUUUUUUUUUUUUUUUUUUUUUUUUGUUCAUGUCAUUUCAUAUUGUUCCCUUUAGUGGCAGAUUCGUUGUUUUCAAUGUUUAAAUGUUUUGUGAAUAAAUGACCUAAAGUUACAGCUCCAUGCUACUAUUUCCUACUUACUAUUAUUGUACUUGAAGUACAACACUAGUAUAUCAGUUAAUCUCUUCGUGAAGGAAAGAAAUUAAGAUGGUGAAUAUCCAGAAAAUAAAGGUUUUAAAGCUUUCACAUCCUUAAAACUAUCUUGCAGGACUUGCCGAUAUUGCCUGUUUGCUCUUGUUGCCAUUUUUGUCAAUUAAGUCAUGUUUUCCAAAGAAAACUUAUAACAAAGGAAAAACUUGUCCCAGCAACUUGUUUUGAGUGAAUUCAUAAUAGCUUGUUUCUGUUGAUUGACGGAAUGUUAAUUGUAACAUUUGAUUGAUUUGUGAGAUAAAAGAGAAAAUGUAGCUGUUUGUGAAUAUUUAACUCUGUUUGUUUUGACGUCUGAUCAGAGGAAAUUAAAAUCUCAUUAUGAAUUAAUUAAAA